UUAAGAUGUGGCUGCCCUGCCAGGGUCUACAUUUUUUCACUCCUCUUGGGUCUACACAUGGGACUAAGUUCUUAGCAAUGGAGUAUGGAUACAAAAAUUCAGGCCAUUUCCAUAAAAAUUUCUUGGCGUGUUCCUCCAUUCCCUUCUCAUCUGCUGGUUGGAUGGCUGCACCUAGGAUGACUGUGGAAGCCACUUGAAGAUGAUAAAGGUUCAGUCAGUUGGGUCUUUGAGUGACUAGGACUAAGCCCUUCUUUUAUUAUCCACCCACCCACCCUCGUUGAUUUGACCAGGAGCAAGAAGUCAGCUUGUUUUGAGCACUGAAAUUUUAUUUCUGCACUUUUCUGCCCUCCACCCUCUCUUCCACCAGGGGCUUGGUGGAGAAUCUUUGUUUCUGAAGUUCUCUGCUGGUCUUUCUUUUUAUGUAGGCCAGUGGUUCUCAAAGUGUUGUCUAGCAGCAUUACAUCACUUGGGUACUUGUUAGAAAUGCAGAUUCUCAGGCCUCACCCUAAAUCUACUAAAUCAAACUCCAUGGGUAGGGUCCAAAAAGCUGUGGUCUAAAAAGCUCUCAGGUUCUCAUACACACUCAAGCUUAAGAAUCACUGAUAAAGGUAGUGCUUUUUCCCAGGUGUCCCCUUUGGGUCUUUCCUCAGUUCUUGGUUUCCAGUAUAUCACCCUUCAGGGAUUUGCUCUAUGAAGGUUUCUAGUCCUAGAACUGGCAAAGUCCAGUUUAAUGUAGCCACAGGCCUAUUCUGUAUGUGAAACAUUCAUGCAUCUUUUUCUUUAAAAAUCUUGGGAAUGUAGACUAUUGCCAAAUAGAUACUUCUCUGUUAGGCAGCUAGUUGGCCAGUCUGAUUUUUUUUUUUUUCCUGUUAUGUGUUUGGUAUAGAUGUUUGGGCUCAGGGAACACAGUCCAGACUCUUUAAAGCUUAAAUUGAAGUGCAUAACACUUGAGCAACUCUCCAAAGAAAUCUUCCUUUGACCUCAACCUUUUGUUAACCUUGCAGAUGUUGGGCCAAGAGGUACUAAACCAAUUUUGGCUUGCUUUGCAAUUGUUUGCAUGGAAAAAACUAAAUGAGUCUCAUAACAUUACAAGAGUCACAACAUCAUUUGUAUGAGGGUGUGUGUGUGUGUGUGUGUGUGUGUGUGUGUGUGUGUUUAGGGAGGAUUAGGGAUUAAAAUUCCAUGAGGAAUCUUAAAUUCUGACUUUGGAGGAUCUGAUCUUGCAGGUCUAGGUGGCACCUGACCAAAACUCUUAAAUUAGAGUUCUAAUGUGAACUGCAAUUACAAUGAGAUGAAGGAGCAGUCGUGAUCUGAUAACUGUUACAAGGUUAAAAGUUAAUAUAGUCUUUCAAUCUUGUGAGGGUCAAAAUCUAUCUCUGCAUUCCUAGUUAUAAUGAAUAUUCCUGAUAGACUGAUUCCUCAAAGUGAGAUAUCUGCGAUAGCCUGGCACUUGAAAUUACUGAUGUCCAGACCACAGAGAUUCUGAUUUCAUUGUUCUGGAGUGGGCCUUGGGCACUGGUUUUAAGAAAUCUAGAUGACUUGACCGUGUAGUGGGCUAAAGGAAUAUUGUAUUCGUACUCUGCUCUAGCUAGUUGAAGCAAAAAGACAAACUUUUGAAAUGAUAACUGUGCUGUUAUAUGAUGAAAGGAUAAAUUGACCAUCCAAACUAUUAACAGGACUAGGAAGGGGUCCAGAGCAUCUGACUCAAACUCCAUUCAGAUCCCUUCAUUAUUUCUCCUGUAUGGUUUCUUUCUGUUAGUUUCAUUUUCUUUACAAACCAGCCUUUUUAUGAAUGGAUGGAAAACAUGGCUGCUAACAGUUCCCAAGUGUUAAGUCUUUCUGCCCCACUGCCUGAAAAAAGGAGGACUAAUUAACCAGUCCAGAGAGGGAAUUAGGGGUGGCAUUCCUGAUCCCAGCUGGGGCCUGAAUUCUGUAAGAAUUUGGCAGUCCCCAAGAUGUCCACGUGUGGAAGAUAGUCUACUUCUUGAGAAAGGAGGUGCUGAGUUGAUCAUACUGUAGAUACCCACUACAAAUUGAGCACAUGUAAGUUUUUGAUAAAAAUAAACAGGUUGUAUCUUAACUAAAUAGAAUUUAAGUAAAAAUUUGAAAAUAAAGGGAAAAAAAUAAAUAGGUUGUGUUAAUUUAUAUUCCCAAUCCCUCUCCUCCCCAUCAUUUGUUAAUUGUCUUCAUUUAAUGAAAAAUUUGGCCCUCUCCCUGACAUUGGUCUAGUUACUAGGGAAAUGGAGAGUGGGGAGGAAAAUGAAAGAUGAGCAAGAAAACAAAUGUGUUUUAACUUUCUGGCCAUUACAACACUCAGAAGAAUCUUCUAAUUUUAUUCCUAUUGCUUGCUAAAAAUUCGUUGUCCAUGUUAUCUUUUCAAAUUAUGUUUACAUGUGCACAUUUGUUAAGGGCUUUGGAAGGAAGCUUCAACUGUGUUGUGCUGUGUUUCUGAGAAAAGGUCUGUGCUAGAUUCUGAGGUCACUGGGAACACCAAAUAGAAGUGUCUCAUGAGGAAAUAAAAAGCAUGAUUUGGAUGAAAAAGGCUAUUAAUGCCUGCAGCAUAGGGAAGAGUUUGGAGCUGGAGAAGCACAUGGAGGGCAGAUUAUAGGCUUUAGGUAAAGGGAAGGAGUUUGUUUUUCCCUAAAUAAGAAUGGAAAUCAAUAACAACUGUUGAGAGAUCUUUGCUAACACUGCUCUAAUCACUUUACGUACAUAUAUUCAUUUUAUUCUCGCAACAUCCCAAUGAAAUCAGUAUGAUUUUUUUUUCAAUAUAUGAAAUUUAUUGUCAAAUUGGUUUCCAUACAAUACCCAGUGCUCAUCCCAAAAGGUGCCCUCCUCAAUACCCAUCACCCACCCUCCCCUCCCUCUCACCCCCCAUCAACCCUCAGUUCUCAGUUUUUAAGAGUCUCUCAUGCUUUGGCUUUCUCCCACUCUAACCUCUUUUUUUUUUUUUUUUUUUCUUCCCCUCCCCCAUGGGUUUUUGUUAAGUUUCUCAGGAUCCACAUAAGAGUGAAAACAUCAGUAUGAUUUUUAUGUCCAUUACAGAUGAGGAAGCAGAGGUUCAGAGAGCUUAUGUAAUUUACCCAAGGUCACCAAGCUAGCGGGUAGCAGAACCAGGAUUGAAACCUAGUUUCAAAACCUAAACACUCAACCUCCAUACUUUAGCACCUUCCUACUGCAUCAUAUAAUUAAUAAGUCAUCGUGGAUCUUAGAAUGGAAUCCCAUAUUUUGAUCCUAAAGUCCAUACUCUCAGAGACUAAACGAUCCUGGGCUGAGGGAGGAACAGAUCUGUAGAUGGAAAUUAGUGUUAAGGCAUUUAUGUCUUAGACCUCCGUAGGUAUCUUAAGGAGAUACUGUGCUUAUAGGGCUAAUGUUCCAUAAAAACCACUCUUGGCAGGUAUUCUGCCACUUUAUGAAACUGAGGAUCAGUUUUGUGGCUUUCCCAGGUGGUGUAUCUAAAUUAGAAUCUGGGUCAGGGUUGACAAACUUUUUCUGUAAACACCGGUUAGUAAAUACUUCAGCCAUUGAAGACUGUAAGGUCUGUCACAACUACUGAAUUAUUGUGGUACAAAAGCAGCCAUAGACCAUACCUGAGUAAAUGAGUGUGGCUAUGUUCCAAUACAACUUUAUAGGCACUGAAACUUGAAUUUAAUAAUUUUCACGUUAUGAAACAUUGUUUUGAUUUUUUAAAACCAUUUAAACAUAUAAAAUAAUCCUUAGCUUGUGGCCUGUACAAAAACAGGCCACUGACUGAAUUUGGCCUAUGGGCUAUGAUCUGGGUGGUUGGAUUCAAAACCCUGGAGUGUGUGCACAAAACCACAAAAAAUCACAGAAAUAAAAAUUAUAGAAUUAUUCUAAGGCCUAAAUAAGAUUAUGGCUACAAACCACUUGGCACAAUUUCUGGUAUUUAGGAAUCUAUCCAAGGUCAGUUAAUAUCUUCCCUGAUAAGACUUUUGUCUUCACGUGGCAUUUAGAUUCAGAUCGAAGAACUGUUCUCAAAUUGCAAUGCAAUGAGUCUAACAGUAAGUGGCACUCUUCCCUUGAGUUCAGAAGCUGCAACCAUGGAGAAGGCUAGAGAUGCUCAGUGCUGCUAAUGAUACUGAGCUUUGUUUUUAAUUCAACAAGUGAAACUCGUUGCCUGUGCCUCUGGCCUACAAAAUCUUUUCUCAUGGAGAGAACAGGGUGUGAAUUUUUCAAAAUAAUCAGUAUUAUGUUGUGAAUACAAGUCUUGUAUUCAGAGCCUUGCUCUCCUGGACAAGACCUGAGGAAGGCCUCAGGCACUGUUGGUUAGCACUGAGUGAAUGAUGACAAGAUGUUUCUUACAUUUGCUUAACACACAAGACCAAGGUCUGUGAAGCUGCUGGUUCCCUGUCUACCACUAGGUUUGGAAUAAGGGAAGACAUUCAAAGGAUGGGACUCAGGUGGGGAGGUGUAUGGCUGGGCUGAUCAGGAAUGCAUUGUAUCAGAACUACAAGGAAAGAUGUCUUUUGCCUCUUUAUUGACUUUCCCAUUCAUUCAUUCAUUCAUUCAUUCGACCAACAUGAGGAUCUGCUAUGAAUACCAUGCAACUGUUAGGAACUGUUAAGAAUGAGAAUACUGACAUGGAAAGAUAUUCUGGAUAUGAUAAAAUCAGGUUAAGAUGUGUAGUCUGAGUUCAUAUUUGUGUCUAUCAGUGGAUAGCCAAAUUGGAAAAAUAAAAAUGAUCUUACGGAUGAAUAAAUUGAGACUGAAGAAUGUAACUUACUAUACACUAAGGACAUUUCAAGUAGCAAUGAGAAAAUUAAAAUUCAGGUUUAAAAGAGAAGAGAAUGAGCAAGGCAUGGUAGAAUUUGGGGCUUUACUAUUUACUAGCUCUGUAGCCUUGGUUGACACUCAAAUUUCUUAACUAUGAUAAUUCUAGCACCCAUCUCCUAGGGUAGGUAGUGUUAAUGUAGAAAGUGAAAGAGAAGACCCAUUCCAAUUCUUUCUGAAACUCGUUUGUCCCCAAGCAACAUAGUCCAUUAGGUCUCAGGCUUGCUAAUCAAUCUGUGCAGAAGUAUCUGAUCUGGGAGGGCUGAGGUGGUGCCUGCUUGAGUGGUGCAUGAGCCUGGGCUCUAAGCCACUGCUCCUUUAGGAGAAAGUGAUAAAAAUAAAAAAGAGGAAGGCACAAAUAAUAGCAGAAAUGAAAAAGGAGAAUUCCUACAGAUUUUAUAAACAGUAUGAAAUAAUGCGAAAAUACUAGAUGUGAAAAUCUAGACAAAAUGGACAAAUUCUUAUAAAAUUACCAAUUUUGUUUAUGAAUAGAAAACUUGAAUAGAAAAAAAUCUUAAUGAUUUUUUAAAAAAGAAACCAGUAGUCAAAAUCUCAUAAAAUUUUAAGUUCAAAUAGCUUUGCUGGCAAGUUCUAUCAACCAUUGCCAGAAAAACAAAACAAAUCAAAACAAACUUAUUUUAUACAGACUCUUUCAGAGAAUAGAUAAGGGGAACAUUUUAUAAGAAUAGCAUAAAAUAUCAGUACAUUCAACCUAGGAAUAUGCAAAAAUAAAAAAGUUAUGUUUAUUUUAGGAAUGUAGAAUAGAAAAUUAAUGUAGUCUGACACAAUAGUAGAUUAAAGGAGAAAAAUCACUGAAUCUUCUCAACUGAUGCUCAAAAGGCAUUUAUAAAAUUUAGUAUCCAUUCACGAAAAAAGAAAGUCUCUUGGAUAUUUAGGAAUGGAGGAGAACUUCGCCAACGUAAUAAACAGUAGCUCCAUAAAACUACACCAUAAUACAUACCCAAGGUGGAAGCUGAAACCUUUUCUUUAAGAGCUAGAAUGAAACAGGAUGCCUGCUAUCAAAAUUUCUGUUAAAUUUGAACUAGAUUCCCUAUCCAGCAUGGCAAGGAAAAAAAUGUAGGAUUGAAAAUGAAGACACUAAACUGUCAUUAUUUGCAAGAAAUAUGACUAUACAGAAAAUGCAAUAUAAUCUAUAGAUAAUUUAUUAAUAAGAGAAUUUACUGGUUGGAGGAAAAAAAACAUUCUAAAAUAGAGUGCAUUUCAGAAUACCAGAAACAAACAACAUAAAAACUUAAAAAUAAGAUACUAUGUAAAAAAGCAUCAAUAAUAUAAAGUACCUAGAAGAAAAUCAAGGUACCAGUUGAAGACCUCUAUGGAGAAAAGUUAAAAAUUUUAUUAAGGGGAAAAUUAAAGAAAAUCUAUAUAGAUAAGACAUGUUUAUGGACUGGAACACUCAAUAUUGUAAAGAGGCCAAAUUUAUUCCACAAGGUGGGAAUAUUUAUUUAUAACAGAUAUUUAUUUAUAACAGAUUAAAUCAGGAGGACUGGUAUCCAAAAUAUGUAAAUUAUUCAUAUAAAUUGAUAGGCAAAAAAUUGAGAAACCCAACAGAAAAAUGGGCAAAAUAAAUAUUUGUCCUCUUAGCACUCUCCAAAUCCAAAUGGUUCACAAACAAAAGAAAAGGUACUUUAUUAACCUCUCUAGUAAAGAAGAAAAUGCAAAUUAAAGCCACAGUGAGAAGCUAUCAUAUCCUUUAGCAGUUUGGGGAAAAAAAAAUCUGGCAAUGCUAAGUGUUGGUGAGGAUGCAUAAUAAGAUAAAUUCUUAUAUACUGCUUGGAGAUGUCUUGGGAAACAGGCAUCUAAUAAGGUCCAAAAUGUAUAUCCCCUCUUACCCAGUAAUUCCACUCAGAAAUAUACUCCAGAGAAGGUUCUGUAUGUGUGCAUCAGGAUUUGAGUACGAGAAUGUCCAGGGUGGCAUUGUUAGUGAUAACUGAAACAGAAGAUGAAGUGCUCAUCUAAAAUAAAAUGAACAAAUAAUUUUUUUAUGUUUUUAUUUAUUUUUUGAGAGGGAGAGAAACAGAGAGAGAGAGAGAGAAUGCAAGUAAGAGAAGGGCAGAGAGAGAGGGAGACACAGAAUCGGAAGCAGGCUCCAGGCUCUGAGCUGUCAGCACAGAGCCCAACGUGGGCCUUGAGCUCAUGAACCGUGAGAUCAUGACCUGAGACAAAGUCAGAUGCUUAACCAACUAAGCCAUCCAGGCGCUCCCAAAAAAUGAACAUAUAAUUUGGGACAUAUCCAUUCCCAGAAAAAUAUCCAGUAAUAAACAACCCAUAGGAAUACACAACAGCAUGAACGAACCUCACAAAUACAUUGUUGAGUGAAAGAAGCAAAACACAAAAACUUGCAGAUGAUGUGAUAUCAUUCAUAUGAUGUUAAAAAACAAGCAAAACCAUACAUAUAAUUUUGGAAUGCAAACACAGGUGGUAAAACCGCAAAAUAAACCAAAUGAUUAUUGCAAGGUUUAGAAUAGUAAUUAUCUGUAGGAGAGGAGGAAGAUUUUGUGAUCAGGAAAAGACAUACGAGCUCGGAAUGGGUGUCAGCAGGACUUGAGGAGAUUGGGAGUGUUUUCCCUUUUGUUUUGAGUCCUGGUUGAGUGUUUGCUUUAUAAACAUCUGUACCCUAUAAAUUUAUAUGUGCAAUGUUUUAUAUAUCUGUCAUAUUUUCCACCAGACAGCAGUUUAACCUCAAAGCCAUGUUGUGACAUCAUCAUGCACCCAUUGUCUUGGAAAAAAUUAAAAAGUCUGACGGAACUGUUACUGGCAAAGAUAUGGAGCAUCGUAAGAGUUCUCCCUGGCAGUGAGAAUGUAAAGUGGAGUAAGCGCUUUGGAAAACUUCUCACCCACAGUCCUGUAAAGUGGAUGCCUAUGAAAACAGGAAAAUGACAAAAAUCCAUGGUUUCACAACUUUCCUUUGACUGUGUCCUGCUGCUGCUGCCACUAAUCACAAGGUCUUUGGAAGGGGAAUACGUAGUUGAAGUGGGUCAGAAUGCUGUUCUGCCCUGCACCUACUCUCCAGCCACUCCUGAGAAUCUUGUGCCUGUCUGCUGGGGCAAGGGAUCCUGUCCUAUGUUUGAAUGUCAUAGUAUGGUGCUCAGCACAGAUGGAAGGAACUUGAAAUAUCAGACAUCCAACAGAUACCAGCUAAAGAGGAAUUUCCACAAAGGAGAUGUGUCCUUGACUAUAGAGAAUGUGACUCUAGCUGACAGUGGGACCUAUUGCUGCCGGAUUCAAUUCCCAGGCCUAAUGAAUGAUAAAAAAUCAAACCUGGAGUUGGUCAUCAAACCAGCCAAGGUCACCCCUGCUCGGCCUACAUGCAGAGACUUCGGUACAGCCUUUCCAAGGAUGCUCACCACCAAGGGAUAUGGCUCAGAGACACGGACACUGGAGGGCCUCCAUGAUAAAAAUCAAACUCAAAUACCCACAUUGGCUAACGCACUACAAGACUCUGCUGUGACCACCAGAAUAGGCAUCUACAUUGGAGUGGGGAUCUCUGCUGGGCUGACUCUCAUUCUUAUCAUUGCUGCUUUAAUUCUCACAUGGUAUUCUUAUAGCAAAGAGAAGUUACAGAAUUCAAGCCUGGUCACUUUGGCCAACGUCGCUCCCUCAGGGUUAGCAAAUACAGUAGCAGAAGGAAUGCACUCGGAGGAAAACAUCUAUAUCAUUGAGGAGAACAUAUAUGAAAUGGAAGAUCCAUAUGAAUACUACUGCUAUGUCAGCAGCGAGCAACUAUCCUGA